CUGUGCGACGCAGACAACUAAAUUUGUGUCUUGCACUUAAAAAUACUGGGACUUGUUCAUAAUGGCGUACAGCAGUUUACCUGAUGCUCGUAGACUUCAAUAGGGUGAGAGGCAGGGAGAUCUGAAGGGCAUCUCUAUUUGACGCCGGUGGACGCCGCGGCCCGAUCAUGCUGUCCGUCCGGCUCGUGACCGCCGACCACGCGAUGGCCGAGCCGGCGCACGGCUGGGACGCCACCUACUCCGAGUUCCGCGGCCGCCGCGUCACCGCCGUGCCCGUCAUCCGCGUGUUCGGCGCCACGCCAGACGGCACCAAGGCGUGCAUGCAUGUGCACGGCGUGCUGCCGUACUUCUACGUGCCGUUCGACGGCGCCAGCGCGGCGGCGAGCGCGGCGCACCAGCUGGCGGCCGGCCUGGACCGGGCGCUGGCGCUGGCCGCCGGCGGCCGCCAGACGGCGCCACUACACGUCCACAAGGUGGCGCUGGUGGCUGGCAUACCAUACUAUGGAUAUCACAAGAAAAGUCAUUUGUUCUUCAAAGUUUUCCUUUACAACCCAAGGAUGGUUUCAAAAGCUGCGGAACUUCUUCAGAGCGGUGCCGUUAUGCACCGGUCGUUCCAGCCGCACGAGGUGCACAUCCCGUACCUGCUGCAGUUCCUCAUCGACUUCAACCUGCAGGGGAUGAACCUGCUGCACGUGUCCUCUCACAGGGCUCGCACCGAGGCGGGGACGGAGGCCUCCGGAGGGUCGGGACUGGCCGCCGUUAGCAGCUGCCAGCUGGAAGUGGACGUGCACGCCUCCCACAUCCUGAACCGAACCCAGCUGGCGACGGAGUCGGGGCUGGGCGCCGGCAACCCGGGCCUGGUGGACGGCGUCGGUGACGACGAGCCGCGGCCCCGCAUCAGGCGGUACCGCCGACUGGGCACGACCGGGCGUCGCGUGGCUGUGGUGGACCUGGGCCUGGCGUGGCUGGCGCUGGCCGGCGGCAUGUGCGAGGCCGACGUGUGGCAUGAACCGGACAUCGUGCUGCGCCGGCCCAAGACCAAGUUGGUCUGGGACGGCCACAACUUUGUGCUGCCUGCUCUGGACGAGUUUCUGCCGAAGCCGGCGACGCCUGAUCAUGCGCAGGAUCCGGCCCUGAAUCUGGCGCUGGAUCUGGCGCUGGAUUCGGCGCUGGAUCCUGUGCUGGAUCCGGUGCUGGAGCCGGUGAUGGAGCUGGCACUGGAUCCGACGAUGGAGCUGGCGCUGGAUCCGGCGCUGGAUCUGGCGCUGGAGCCGGCGCUGGAACCCUUCGCAAUGGAGCGCCCCUUGAUCGGGUGGAUGGGCAAGGAGGUUGGUCGCCCGCCUUCGCCGCCGCCGCCGCCGACCUCGCCAUCCGCUGCCGACCUGCUGUCGGACGUGAAACCGAUCAUCGCUCGGUCGCCGGACGCCCCAGACGCGAUGCCUCUGCAGGUGGAGCUGACAGUGCGGGACCUGGAAGUGAUGGUCCGACUGGGCCCGAGGCCCAUGGCGUCUGUGCGGACGUACGGACAGCGGCGAACCGACCCGCCACGCCCGUCCAGCCCGGUGGCGUACAUGGCGGCGGACAGCACGAGCCCGGCGGUGGGCUCGCGGCCGCGGCGGCGCACGCGACGCGUCCAACGCUCGCUUUCGCCUUCGCCCGAGCCCGGGCCCGGGCUCACGCCCUCGCCGGAGCGCGACAACGACGAGUCGGCCGACUACGUCUGCCGGGCGGGUGAGGUCGACGACGACAGCAGCCACAGUGACACUGCCAGCCCGCCGUGCGGACAAAGGCCGCUGCAGUCGCCCGAGCUCUUCGAGCCGCCUUCCCCGCCGGAGGAGGACGAGGAGGAGGUGCAGGUGCUCUCGCCACCCCAGAUCACGUCUCUGGCGGCGCCGCCGGAGGAGAAGGAGGACGACGACGACCUGAUCCUGCUGUUCGAUAACUCGCAGCGCCCAGGCGUGGAGGUGGUGGACCUGCAGGACUCCGACGACGAGGAGGAGGGCGCCGGGAAUACGGAGCGAGUGCCGUUUGUCGGCAGCCCCGGACUGGGCUCAGGGGAGGACCCAGCCCGGAGCCGGCCUGCGCUGACGGCCAAGGCGUGGGUACCGCUGAACCAGUCUCUGGGGACGGCCAAAAUACUGCUGAACCAGUCUCUGGGGACGGCCAAAAUACCGCUGAACCAGUCUCUGGGGACGGAGGCCGGGGAGAGCCCCGGCGUGGACCGUCGGGCGGAGGAGGCCACAGAGAGCUUCGAGCCCGGUCAACAGCCGCAGGAGGCCGGGGCGAGCCCCGGCGUGGACCGUCGGGCGGAGGAGGCCACAGAGAGCUUCGAGCCCGGUCAACAGCCGCAGGAGGCCGGGGAGAGCUCCGGCGUGGACCGUCGGGCGGGGGAGGCCACAGAGAGCUUCGAGCCCGGUCAACAGCCACAGGAGGCCGGGGAGAGCCCGGGCGUGGACCGUGCGCCGGGAGAAGUGGCGCGCUGCACUCCGGACCGCCCGACGCUGGAGGAGGCGCCAGGCUCGGGCAGCGCCGAUGAGUCGGCCUGGCUGCCGCUCCGCGAGAGCUGUCUGUACGACGAGUCGCUGUCGCCGCCGGACGCUCUGUUCGCCGGUGGCGACAGCAGCCCCGCCGCUGCUCGCGAGGCGAUCCAGUCUAGGAAGAUGAGGCCCUGGAUGAUGCUGAGCCGUCAGAUGAAGUGGAACACUCAGACAAAGGUGGCCCUUCAGACGGAGGUGGCCCUCCAGACGGAGCGGGACCCUCAGACGGAGCGGGACCCUCAGACGGAGCUGGACCCUCAGACGGAGCUGGGCCCUCAGACGGAGCUGGACCCUCAGACGGAGCUGGACCCUCAGGCGGAGCUGGGCCUUCAGACGGAGCUGGAUCCUCAGAUGGACCGGGGCCCUCAGACGGACCUGUACGCUCAGGUGGAGCUGAAUCCUCAGAUGGACCUGGGCCCUCAGACGGUCCUGUACGCUCAGAUGGAGCUUGGCCCUCAGACGGACCUGUACGCUCAGCUGGAACUGGGCCCUCAGACGGACCUGUAUGCUCAGAUGGAGCUGGAUCCUCAGGUGGACCUGGGCCCUCAGACGGACCUCUGCCGCAGCGUGCGCGUCUGGCUGAGCGGCCGCCGCCGCCCCCGGCACCGCGUCGACUCGUCCAGCGACAGCGGCAGCAGCGCCAGCGAGGAGGAGCUAGAGCAGGGGUUGACGGCGGUGGCGCCCGAGUCGCUGCCGGCUUCGCUCGGUCUCACGCCCGUGACUGGCGUGCGGCGGACGGCGUCGUACGGUCGCGUGACGUCCCUGCUCACCCCCGUCAGCCGGCGGCCGGCUAAGCGACGGCGCGUGGGCCGAGCCGAGCCGUCGCCGGACGCGCGGCCUGAGACGCCUACGGGCGGGACGACCGACGGUGGACCGCGACGCUGGCUGGAGCGUAUCCCAGAACGGACAGAGGCAGGGGAGGCACCGUCUAGGGUCGGCCAGGGGGCGCCGGGUAGCGCCAGUUCGCCGUUGCCGGCGCCGGGCGGGAAGGCGCCGGACAGUCGGCCGGCCAGCUCUGAGGAGCCGCAGUCGGAUGACGUGGCGGCGGUGCUGGCACGGGACCGCACCACCUUGGUCAGUCCGGCGCCGGCGCCGCGGGACCCGGCCGGCGCCUCGCCGCUGGAGCCGUCCCUGCUCGUCAGUCCGUCGUACGGCCUCCAACGGGCCAACAGCGCCGACAACACGUACGGGUUCAAGCUGGACUGGGAUAACCUGCAGGACGCCCAGUGUUCGCAUGAGUAUCAAUACCUGACCUGCCUGAGCCUGGAGGUGCACGCCGUGACCCGCGGUGACCUGCUCCCUGACCCGGAGCACGAUCCGGUGGCCGCCGUGUUCUACCACCUGACGGACGAUGUGCCGGAGAACUGGCGACGGCCCCGUCAGACCUCCGGCUGUAUCGUGGUCGACGCGCCGUCCGUAGUGUCUGAAUCGACCGGUAGGCGGCGCCACCUGCUGCAGGCGGCCGGCCUGCCCAACCUCGCCGUGCGGUACGUCGCCGACGAGCCGGCCCUGCUGCAGGCGCUGAUCGAUCUGGUCAGCGGCACCGAUCCGGAUAUCCUGCUGGGCUGGGAGGUGCAGCAGCUGUCCUGGGGCUACCUGCUGGAGCGCGCCGAGUGUCUGGGCCGGCCGCUGGUGACGUCCCUGUCGCGGCUGCCCGAGUGCCAGCGCGCCUCGCGCGCCGCUGCCGACUCGGACCCGUACGGCUCGGAGCACACCUCCGAGAUCCACCUGGCCGGCCGGGUGGUGCUCAACGUGUGGCGUCUGCUGCGGCAUGAGGUGGCGCUGUACAGCUACACGUUUGAGAACAUCGCUUACCAGGUGCUGCACCAGCGGCUGCCCGAGUUUAGCUUCCGGCAGCUGACCGAGUGGUGGCAGCACCCGUCCGCCGUCAACAAGUGGCGGGUGGUCGAGUACUACGGCCUCCGCAGCCGGGGCACGCUGCAGAUCCUGGGGCGGCUCGACAUCAUCGGCCGCACGGCCGAGCUGGCCAGGGUGUUCGGCAUCCAGUUCUUCGACGUCAUCUCCCGCGGCUCGCAGUUCCGCGUCGAGUCGAUGAUGCUGCGGCUGGCCAAGCCGCGCAACUUCGUGCCCGUCUCGCCGUCUGUGCAGCAGCGAGCGGCGGCUCGGGCGCCCGAGUGUGUGCAGCUCAUUCUGGAGCCCGAGUCCAAGAUGUACGUGGAUCCCGUGGUGGUACUGGACUUCCAGAGCCUCUACCCGUCCAUGAUCAUCGCCUACAACUACUGCUUCUCGACCUGUCUGGGACGCGUGGAGCACCUCGGACAGCGGGGCGCGUUCCCGCUGGGCUGUACAGCCCUGCAAGUGCCGCCGCCGCUGCUGGCGCGCCUGCUGGCCCGGGACCAGCUGCACGUGUCGCCGAGCGGCGUCGCCUUCGUCACGGCUGACGUGCGCCGCGGCGUGGUGCCCGACAUGCUGGCUGAGAUCCUCGGCACGCGCAUCAUGGUGAAGAAGGCCAUGAAGGCCAACAAGGACAAUCCGUCGGUGAGGCGCCUGCUCGACUUCAAGCAGCUGGGUCUGAAGCUGAUCGCCAACGUAACGUACGGCUACACCUCGGCCAACUUCAGCGGCCGCAUGCCUUGUAUCGAGGUGGGGGACAGCGUGGUCAGCAAGGGCCGCGAGACGCUGGAGCGAGCCAUCCGCACCAUCGAGUCCCGGCCAGAGUGGGCCGCCAGGGUGGUGUACGGCGACACUGACUCCCUCUUCAUACUGCUCAAGGGCCGGACCCGCGCCCAGGCGUUCGAGCUGGGCGCCGAAAUGGCGGCCGCCGUCACCGCCGACAACCCCGACCCGGUCAAGCUCAAGUUCGAGAAGGUCUACCAGCCGUGCAUUUUACAGACCAAGAAGCGGUACGUGGGCUUUAUGUACGAGACGCCCGACCAGCAGGAGCCCGUGUACGACGCCAAGGGCAUCGAGACCGUCCGGCGAGAUGGCUGUCCAGCCGUUGCCAAGAUCCUGGAGAAGUCGCUGCGCCUGCUCUUCACCAGCCACGACCUGGGCGCCGUGCGCGGCUACGUGACGCGCCAGUUCGAGAAGCUGCACCGCGGCGCCGUCAGUGUGACCGACCUGACGUUCGCGCGCGAGUACCGCGGCCGCGCCAGCUACCGCCGCCAGCGCGUGCCGUACGUGGUGGUGUACGGCGCGCCGGGCCUGCCGCUGAUCCAGCUGGUGCGCUCGCCAGCCGAGCUGCUGGCCGACCCGGCGCUGCGGCCCAACGCCGAGUACUACGUGAGCCGGGCGGUGGCGCCGCCGCUGCAGCGCUGCCUGGGUCUGCUCGGCGUGGACGUGCUGGCCUGGUACGCCAGCGUGCCGCGUCUGCUGCGCUUGGCGCCGCCGUCGGCCGCCGCCGCCGCCACCACCAUCUCGCGCUUCUUCGCCGGCCGCAGCUGCGCCGUGUGCGCCAGCUGCUUGGGCCAGCCGGCGGCGGCGCCCAUCGCCUGCGUCUCGCUCGACUGUCCGGUGCUGUGGGGCCGCGUGGCGGCCGACCGGGCGGCGGAGGCGGCGCCGCACCUCCGACAGGUGCUGGAGUCGCUGACGGCCUAG